AUGGUGGCAGGUGUAAAAUUCUGCGCCAGUGCGCAGGCGCACUCAGCUCCCCGCCACCUUGCGCGCGCAGCUCCUGCAGGACCAGUUUCUAGAAGCUCAUUGCGGUGGCGUUGGUCCUGGCUGCGGGUCUUGACGCAGGACCAUAAAGUGGAUCCUUGGAACACUUGGUACUUUGCCGGAGAGUGCCUGUUGGUGGACUGUGCUGACAUUCAGAGUCUAAAGGAGACUGGAUUUCUGUUGGUGAUACAUACUGCAAGCAGGAGUAGCCUAAACAAGAUGACAGCUGUCUCCCCAGAUCCUCACACUCUGGUCUCAAGUGAACAGAGCAAAGUCCUUAGGAUGGAGACUCCUGGGAAUCCGGAAUCUCUAAUGAGAAGAGACGCUGCUGACCCAGAGUCUUUCAGACAGAGGUUCAGGUGGUUUUGUUACUCUGAAGAGGCUGGACCCAGAAAAACUCUGAAUCAGCUAUGGGAGCUUUGCGUUCAGUGGCUGAGACCAGACAUCCACACGAAAGAACAGAUUCUAGAGCUUUUGGUGUUUGAGCAGUUCCUGACCAUCUUGCCUGGGGAGAUCAGGAUUUGGGUCAAAUCACAGCAUCCUAAGAGUAGUGAGGAAGUGGUGACCCUAGUAGAGGAUUUGACCCAAGUGCUUGAAGAAAAGAAAGAACCAAUCUCUCAAGAUUCUGUUAUUUCCCAAGAGGAGAACCCUGAAGAAGAUAAAACAGUUUCUGUUCUUCCAAAUACUGAGUCUCAGGAAUCCAUGACACUCAAAGAUGUGGCUGUCACCUUUUCCAGAGGAGAGUGGAGGAAACUGGAGCCUUCUCAGAAGGAGAUAUAUAAGGAAGUGCUGCUGGAGAACUAUAGGAACCUAGAACUUCUGGGCUUUCCAGUUUCCAAGUUAGAUUUGGUUUCCCAGCUGAAGUGGGCUGGACUACCACGGCUGCUGCAAAAAGAAGUCUCCAAAGGCUGUAGACCAGAGUGUGAACUUGGUGGUGGAUUGAAAGAAUCUGGCGGAAGUCAAGAUGUUCUUAUGGAAGAAUCGACUUUAGAUAAAAUAAUAGAAAGGUAUCUAAUGAGUGGCGAUUGUGACUCUAUGGGAGAAUCCUGGAAACGUUAUGGCAGAUUCGAGGAUGGUUGUAGCAAUAGGGAACAUUCACAAGGACAAAUCACACAGAAGAAAACUCAUGGGAGAGGCAGUAAGGGUGAGGAGUUUGACCCAGAAAGGAGUCCCUUUGGAAGUAGCUUCAAACCACCUUCGGAUCUAAUUAAACAUCUGAGAGUCUAUUUAAGGAAGAAAUCUCGGAGGUACAAUGAAGGCAAGAAACCCUUUAGUUUUCAUUCAGAUCUUGUCCCAAACCGCAAAGAACACAGCGGUGAAAAGCCAAGGAAAGGUAACGAAGGCAGGAAGGUCUUAAGUCACUCUUCUUCUCGGACUGAACAUCAGAAACAUCAGAAAAGUCGUGCAGGGGAGAAGUCUCAGAAGUGUAGUAACUGUGGAGUAGCCUUUACUCAAAGCUCAUCCCUCAGUAAGAAAAACUCCUCUACAUGUGAAAAAUGUUGGAAAGAUUUAGGUCAAGAUGCAUCCAUAGAUAAAGACGAGGGAACUGAGACUGGAGAAGGAACCCAUAAAUGCAGCAAAUGUGGAAAAGCCUUUGGCUAUAGUGCCUCACUGACCAAGCAUAGGAGGAUUCACACUGGGGAGAAACCCUACAUGUGCAAUGAGUGUGGAAAAGCCUUCAGUGACAGCUCAUCUCUCACGCCACACCACCGAACUCACAGUGGGGAGAAGCCCUUCAAGUGUGAUGACUGUGGGAAAUCUUUCACCCUAAGCGCCCACCUCAUUAAACAUCAGAGAGUUCACACUGGUGAAAAACCCUAUAAAUGUAAAGACUGUGGGAGGCCCUUCAGUGACAGUUCAUCUCUUAUUCAGCAUCAGCGGAUUCACACUGGAGAAAAACCCUACACGUGUAACAACUGUGGAAAAUCCUUCAGUCACAGCUCAUCCCUUUCCAAACAUCAGAGAAUUCAUACAGGAGAGAAACCCUAUAAAUGUGGUGAGUGUGGGAAAGCCUUCAGACAGAAUUCUUGCCUUACCCGACAUCAGAGGAUUCACACUGGAGAAAAACCAUAUUUGUGUAAUGAUUGUGGGAUGACUUUUAGCCAUUUUACAUCUGUAAUUUAUCAUCAGAGACUUCAUUCAGGAGAAAAACCCUACAAGUGUACCCAGUGUGAGAAAGCCUUCCCUACCCAUUCACUCCUCAGCCGUCAUCAGAGAAUUCAUACAGGUGUCAAGCCUUAUAAAUGUAAGGACUGUGGAAAAUCCUUCAGUCAGAGUUCAUCUCUCAACGAACAUCAUCGGAUUCAUACUGGAGAGAAACCCUAUGAAUGUAACUACUGUGGGGCAACCUUUAGCCGGAGCUCAAUCCUUGUAGAACACCUGAAAAUUCAUACUGGAAGGAGGGAGUAUGAAUGCAAUGAGUGCGAGAAGACAUUCAAAAGUAAUUCUGGCCUCAUCAGGCAUCGGGGAUUUCACUCUUCAGAAUAAUUCUUGGAAAUAUAGUAAGGUGCGGGGUGUGGGUUUACACAGUUCUCCCUCAUUAAAAACUUAGAGUGUAAACUACCACUGCAUUGAUUAGUAGGAAAUUUAGUCACAGUGGUCCCUUAUUAAAAACCUGGGGUGUAUACUGCCACAGCAUUGAUUAGUAGCUGCAGCUUUGGUGGGUUGGCAGCUAGGAAAAGUAUUGUUUUGUCAUUUACCCUUCUUCUUUGCAAGGAUGUCAACUUUUGAUAGGGAGUGACGAAGGGUUGGUAAAGUCUGUGGAAAGAAGAGAAAUUAGCAUGUGAAAUAAUCCUAAAAGGCCAAAUGUGAAUAUAAAAAUCGGGGGAGGGGUGCAGGGGACCCACCUUACUAACCUGUUUUUUUCAGACUUCUUUCUCUCCUAGCUUCCCCUUCUACUGCCAUGCAGUGUUACAGAAAGAGGACCUGACUGCAGUCAGGUAACUUGAGUUCUGUCCCAGUUUGCCAACUAACUCACUCUAUAACCUUGGACAAAUCAUUUGACCUUUCUGAAUUUUCGUUUCUUUACUGGUAAAAUGAAGGAGUGGGACUAAUGAUUUCUGUGGUUUCUUUCACUCUCUCCCUCCCUCCCUCCCUUCUUUUUCUACCUCUGAUAACCUCUGAAGCUGUGGUAAUAAGUUAAAACAUUUUUGAUUCAUUGGCAUUUCAAGUUUCUCUAGUGUAAUAGAAAAUAACUCAUUUAAACUACUGAACUUCUGGCAUAGUGAGAAUGCAGUAUGCUUUUAAAAUAUUUGAUGCUGGAACUGCUCAAAAGCUAUGCAUAGGAUCAAGUCAGUAGAGGUCAAACAGGUUUGCCAUCAGGGAAUGUCUUGAUUGGACAAAGCACCCCAACCCCAGUGUUUGCUCUGGACGUUGGCCAUGGGGACUGGGAAAUUAAAUGGCAUAUUCCAGGCUGUCUCAGCCAUGAGAGUGUAACUGUCCUAGGAAAACAGAUGAAGGACUGGUUGGGGGGGGGUGUUGGGAAACGGGUACUGAAAACAGCUAUUUUGGAUGGAUUGUCUUUUGCAAGAUAGAGUUCUAUUUUUAAAAGUUUGUCUAUAGUAAGAACAGUUUCCUGUAAUCAAAGUGUAAACAUUCUGUGUGGCAAAGGUCACAAGCUAAGAUUGGGCCUUUUGAUGUGUCUUAGUUGUUCUUCAUGGUGUGUGUGCGCGCGUGUGUAAGUAGUUGUCACCAUUUAAAAAUUAGGAAAUUUCAUACCAAAAAGAAAUUUGUCUUGAAAAGUUACUGGGCUGACAACAAUGGACCCAUAUUUCUGUGGGGCAGUCAACUGGUUUUGGGUAUCGGCUGCCACCUUUAGAGGGGGAAUCUGUUCUCCUUGCAAAGUUCUGUCUUUCAUGUAACAUGACUUGCCCACUGUAAGAAGCUGAUAUUAUGAUCUCCUACCACCUGGAGAGUACCUAUCCUAAAACCUAAAGAGAUUUUGUAGUAAAAUUCAGGAAAAGAAUGUAGAAAUGAUACAGAAUAAAUUUUCAAUCAAGUUUUCCUUUAUGAAAUUAGACCUGAAAGGAGUAGAUGUUAGUGGGUUAUUCCUUAAAAAUGUCAGUGGUGGAAUCUGAAUAAUAAUCUUUAACUGUGAAAAAGGAACUGAAAAUCCUGGGUCAGUUAGAUUUGGGGCUCAAGUUGUAGGAUUCUGAAGGAGCCCCAAUGACCACGUGGUGCAGAGUUCCUAAAGUUGAAAUUUGAGGCAGCUCUUGAGAAUGAAACGGGUAAACUUUCAGCUUAUGGAAGUGAAGACAUGCUUAAUGGUCAUCUGAGAUUCAGCAAUAUUUGCUGGGAUUUAAUGGGUUUAGUUUGCAGUGCUACCUCUGGAUACUGGUUUUGGUUUCUUCCUUGUCUGCUUCCCCAGGGUAGCUCAACUACUGAUGAGUGAGAAAUUGGUCUGUAUAGUUACUUCUAAAUGGAUCAGCCAGAGACAUUCUAGACAUGGAAGGAAUAUGGCUUAUCAGAGUUAUUCACCCCAGUUGAAAUUUUUUUGUGAAAAGAUGAAAAUCCUGAUUUGUUUUCUGCAAAGAUGCAAUCUAUAGAGAGAAUUAAAUAUGUAAAAAUCUUGAGAAGAGGCUUGUUCCAGGAUGUUUACUUGUUACUUUCCCCAACAUCCAUAAGAGGAUGCUUUAUAGUUGUACCAGUUGGGAGUCUGGAACAUAAACCUGUAUUUUGGGGUUUUUUUUAUAGUUUUAUUGAGAUAUAAAUUGCAUAUUGUAGAAGUCAUUCAAGUGUAUAAUUCAGUGAGUUUUAACAAAUUCAGCAAACUGUACAGUUGGCAGCACAGUCUGCUUUUAGAAAAUUUUAGCACCUUAAUAAGAUCCCUCACACCCAUUUGCAGUAAUCCCAUUCCCACCCUGAUCCCAGGUAACCACUAAUCAGUCUACUCUCUGUCUCUGUAGAGUUGCCUUUUCUGAACAUUUUAUAUACAUGUAAUCAUAUGUGGUCUUUUUUAGUUGUUCAUUAACUUGUAUCUAAUGUUAUUUUCUAUUUUCAUCCAUGUUAUUUUCUAAAUUCAUGUGUGUUGUAGCAUAUCAGUAUUUUAAUCCUUUUUAUUGUCAAAUAAUAGCUGGUUGGAUGGAUGUGCCGUAUUUGUACAUUCACCAGUUGAAGGACAUGUGGGUUGUUUCCCAUUUGGGGCUGUGAAAAAUAAUGCUGCUCUGAACAUUAGCAUGCAGAUCUUUGUGUGGACAUAAUGUUUUCACUUUUCUUAGAUGCCUGAGUUGCUGGAUUAUAUGGUAAAUUUUUGUUUUAACUAUUUUAAGAAGUUGCCAAGUUGUUUUCCAAAGUGACUGCAUUAUUUUAUAUUCUGGACUUCAGUGUGUGAGGGUUCCUGAUGAGGUUAUAUCCUCACCAACCCUUGUUAAUUGUUCAUCUUUUUAAAAAUUUUUAUUACAGCUAAUAUGGUGAUUGAAGUGGUAUCUCUUUGGGGCUAAUGGUAUUGAGGAUCUUUUCAUAUGUUCUUUAGCUGUUCAUGUACCUUCUUGGGUGAAAUAUGUUGCCCACUUAAAAAAUUAAGUUAUUAUUAACUUACAGAUCUUUUUAUUCUACAAUAAGUCCUUUAUCUAGUAUGAGCUUUCUAAAUACCAUGUACUGGCCACAGAAGGCAACCUCAAAUCCUCCUGUACAGCUUUUAUCAAAAGCUUGGUUUCAGUAAUUGUUUAUAUAAGAUUGCCUAAGGAUAUUUAAUCUGGCCUAUUAUCUAAAUACUUAAAUUCAUUUUGGAGUUAUAUCAAACAGUCAAAAUGUUUUAAAUGUCUUUUGAUUCCUUAUAUAAUUUUUUUUAUUAACCUGUGUCAUCCUUUUUAUCUGUUACCCAUUUUAUUUUAAAAUGAAGAACUUAGAUUUAAAAAUGUUUCCUCUUUAUGAGUUUCUAGUGAAGAAAUUUCUUUGUAGUCUCAGGACAAGACAAGGCUUCUCUUGUCAAUGAAUUCACUUUUAUUUACUUAUUUUAGAAUUUUUUUGUAGUGUGGUAAAUAUAUAUAACAUAACAUUGAACGUUUUAACUCUUCUGAGAUGUAUAAUUUAGUGGCAUUAAGUAUGUUCAUGUUCUUUCUCAUGCAUCCCCACCAUACAUCUCUAGAACUUUUCCAUCGUCCCUAACUGAAAUUCACUUGUUAACCAAUAACUCCUCAUUCUCCCCUCCCCCAAGACCUUGGUAACUACCAUUCUACUUUCUGUCUAUGAAUUUGACUAUUGUAAACACUUCGUAUAAAAGCAAUCAUUCAAUACUGUC